CACUGAGCGACAUCCUCGAAACCUUCCUGCUCGCAACCCCCGUUGCUCACGUCGGCUUGGGCCUUGCACUUCUUCCUCGGCUCGUGACUCCUCGGCCUCGCCUGACUCGCCCUGCCCGCGCACGGCCUCCCUCUCCGCCGCGCGAUUCCCUUCGCUGCCCCCCGCCUGCCCUGCCCCUCUCCCAUCUUUGCCCUUCCUUCUCCACCCACCCCCGCCGGGUCUUGCCCUUACUGUAGUUUCCUCCCUCUAAAGUUGACUGCAGCGAAGAGUGGGUGGUGAAUGUGGUGUGUGGGGAUAGUGCAGUUAAUGCGGGUGAAUGAUCGCGCUGUGGUGGGGCUCCUGUGGUGUUCAGUGGUUAUUGUGCGCGUGUCGGUUAGUGUAUCGUGUGGGGCUUGUGUUUGGGCUACUGUGGUUCAUGCAUUGGGGAUGGUGUGUUGUAGCACACUAAAUGUGUGGUGUGUAGGUUGUUGGUAUUGUGUAUCGCGUGUGUUAUUGUGCCGUGAAGAGGCUAUUGUACCGUGUGUGGAAUGGUGGAGGUGGUUCGUGUUUAAUGUAAAGGUUGUGUGUGGUUAUUAUGUGUGAUGUGCCAUGUAAUGUGGUUAUUGUGCAAUGUAUAGACGGUGGCGGUUGUGUAGUGUGGGUAAUGUGAAGGUGGUGGUGUUGUGGUUAUCGUGUGUUGUGGUCAUCGUGUGUUGUGUAGUGUGGUUAUUGUGUGGGAUGUAGUGUGGUUAUUGUGCAAUGUAUAGAGACGGUGGAGGUUGUGUAGUGUGGUUAAUGUCAAGGUGGUGGUGUUGUGCUCAUCGUGUGUUGUGCCGUGGUGUAGUGUGGUUAUUGUGUGGGAUGUAGUCUGGUUAUUGUGCAAUGUAUAGAGACGGUGGAGGUUGUGUAGUGUGGUUAAUGUCAAGGUGGUGGUGUUGUGCUCAUCGUGUGUUGUGCCGUGGUGUAGUGUGGUUAUUGUGUGGGAUGUAGUCUGGUUAUUGUGCAAUGUAUAGAGACGGUGGAGGUUGUGUUCGUGCGGUUGACGUAAAGGCGUGGCGGUGGUGCGUUUCAGUGCGAGGAUGCCGCCCUGGGAAGACCGUGCAGAUGACGGAGGCCGAAGUGCGGGGCCUGUGCGUCAAGUCGCGCGAGAUCUUCCUGAGCCAGCCCAUCCUGCUCGAGCUCGAGGCGCCGCUCAAGAUCUGCGGUGAUAUCCAUGGGCAGUACACGGACCUGCUGCGGCUCUUUGAGUAUGGAGGGUUCCCCCCCGAAGCCAACUACCUGUUCCUGGGCGACUACGUCGACCGUGGCAAGCAGUCCCUGGAGACAAUCUGCCUGCUGCUCGCCUACAAGAUCAAGUACCCAGAAAACUUCUUCUUGCUGCGUGGCAACCACGAGUGCGCCAGCAUCAACCGCAUCUACGGCUUCUACGAUGAGUGUAAGCGGCGCUUCAAUAUAAAAUUGUGGAAGACCUUUACGGACUGCUUCAACUGCCUGCCGAUUGCAGCAAUUGUUGAUGAAAAAAUAUUUUGCUGUCAUGGAGGGUUGUCUCCUGACCUUCAGUCCAUGGAACAGAUUCGCCGAAUCAUGAGACCCACAGACGUACCAGACACUGGCCUGCUGUGCGAUUUGCUGUGGUCGGAUCCCGACAAGGACGUGCAGGGCUGGGGGGAAAAUGAUCGCGGUGUCUCCUUUACGUUUGGGGGCGAUGUGGUCAGCAAGUUCCUGAACCGUCACGACCUGGAUCUCAUCUGCCGAGCCCAUCAGGUUGUCGAGGAUGGAUAUGAAUUUUUUGCCAAACGACAGCUUGUCACCUUGUUCUCCGCCCCUAACUACUGUGGGGAAUUUGAUAACGCUGGUGGCAUGAUGAGCGUGGACGAAACACUCAUGUGCUCCUUCCAGAUCCUUAAACCUUCUGAGAAAAAAGCAAAGUACCAGUAUGGGGGUAUGAACUCGGGACGUCCUGUCACCCCACCCAAGGCUGCCGUUCCCUUACCAAAGAAGCGAUAAGGCAGAGGCCGCUGGGCUGAGUUACACCCUGCGUCAUUGAGCAAAAGUGUCGAGCAGGAUGGGCUGCACGCUGGGGCGAAUGUCGCUUAAAGUAGCAUAGAAGCUAAAGCAUGUUUGCUGAAAACACUGACCCUGAACAGAAGCCUGCAUGCAGUGUCAUUAAUUCCACAUUCCAAAUCGCUUUUGCUCGAUGAUGCUUACAAUUAUUUAAUUGUUCCUUUUGUUAUCUAUGUUAUAUGCUUUAGUACUUUUACGAUUGCUUUCAUUUGGCAAGUCAGUCUUAUUUUCAAUCUUGCUCACGUGGUUGAAAAGAGGUUGUACUCCCCUUUUUAAGUAUCGAUUGCAAUGUUUGGUUUUCACUCUGAACAUGUUAAGCUCCAUUACAUUUUAAAGCUACUCUGCAGGUAAUGAUUGUUGAAUACCUUUUGUUCAACAAUACAUUUUCAGAGGCUACUCUUGUUUUUCCUUAAAACUAUGCAGUUUUGUGCAAUGUUAAAUUUUCAGCGCUAAAUUUUCUAUCUUGAGUCCAUGAAGUUCAAAUUUAAGGGUAUAAAAAAGGUUAACUGGACAAACAACCAUGUGGGUAUUGGUGCUGCACUACUGCAAUGUCGGAUAUGCUUCGUGCAUUUCUUUCCCUUCGGUGUUGAAGUUGAGCAGAGGAGGUGCAUUCUAAUCAUCUAGUGCAGGGGUCGGCAACCAAAAUAACAAGAAGAGCCAUUUCUUUCCAAUUCGGUACAAAAUUCAGUAUUUCAAGAGCCGCAAUGCAUCUGAGUACAUACUGUACAUACGUACAUAUCGUCAAGAAGCAGCCCGUAAAGAGCCGCAUGCGGCUCCGGAGCCGUAGGUUGCCGACCCCUGAUCUAGUGGCUCACGUAUACCACCUGCAUUGCGGUGCCUCACAGUUGGGCAUUGCUGCUUGUGGAGAAGGAGGAACGCGAAGGCUUCAUUGUGUAGUGUCAACACAGCUCCAACAGAAUAGGCCAGUUCAUACGAGUAGUGGAUUCCUCGAGUCUGUCAACAAAUAUAAGAUUUUAUUUGAAAAUCUUACCACAAGAAAUUGAAAGAGGAUAUGCAUGAAACAAGCAAGGGGGGGGGGGGGUGUGGUUGUACAUUAGUAAAAAAAUAAUAGACUUUUUCAGAUUGUCCUAUUUCUUCUUGCACAAAGUAUGUUAUUCAGUUGUACGCUUUUCCAUAUGUAUUACACAGCUCUCAACAUUCCAUUAUCCAUUAGUGAUCAUUAAACCAGUAAACUGUGGUAUGGUGUAAUAAAAGAUUAAUAACGCACCCUCAACUGAGUCCCAUUCCACAUGUCACGAUUCCAUUUGUGUUUGAUGGGUAUAAUAAUUUGCUGUGCUAAAUAAUAAUGUGUAUCCUGUCGCAUUGUGCACUUAGUUUAUGCACUCCCAUUGUUUUCAUGUUGCAGUUGUAAAUACUGUAGUGACCUGUUUUCCCGUGUUGUAAUGGUAAAUAAAAUAUUUAAGGUAAAAUCUCUUGAA